CAAGUUGCCAGCCAAACGAACAAAGCUAAAACAGGGCGGGGGCGUCCCUUCGUGGGGACAGCCCUCGUGGUCGAUCCGCCCGUGGGAUCUCGCGCACGCCAGGAUUGGAGAGCUGCGGCCUCCCUCCGCCCCAACCAGCCAUGGGUUCCCGCGUUGAUUGCGGCGCUUAGACGCGGAGGAGGAGAGAGACACGGGGAGGGGGGGAGGCCGAGGCCUAGGAGGCGUAGCGCUGUGCAGGGCGCGAGCGCGUUCGUUCGGCAUGGAACAGAACGCCGGCUCGUUCCUCGCCGUGCGUCGCCUCUCCGGUGGCGCCAUCCACCACCAUCGUCACCACUCUUCCCCGGCUGAGGUCGUGGGCGUGUCCACUGCGUGGCUCGGUAAGGGGCUUUCAUGCGUCUGCGCGCAGAGGAGGGAGAGCGACGUGCGCCUGUCCUUCGAUUUGAGUCCCAUUCAGGAAGAGUGCUUGAAUAGGUUGCAGAACCGGAUAGAGGUGCAGUAUGAUGGUUCAAAUCUGGAGCAUCAGAAAGCACUGGAAGCCCUUUGGCGUUCUUCUUUUCCUGGAACUGAACUUCUAGGGUUAGUAUCAGACCAGUGGAAGGAGAUGGGAUGGCAAGGGAAAGAUCCAUCUACAGAUUUCAGGGGCGGUGGUUUUAUAUCUUUGGAGAAUUUACUGUAUUUCUCUAGGAACUAUCCAAAAUCCUUCCAGGAGCUCCUUCGUAAGCAGAAUGGUGAUAGAGCAUUGUGGGAAUAUCCCUUUGCUGUAGCUGGUGUAAAUAUUACAUUCAUGCUGAUUCAGAUGCUUGACCUUCAAGCAGCUAAGCCAACGUCGUUGGUUGGAGCGGUUUUCCUAAAUCUACUCUUAGAAAAUGAUCGAGCGUUCGACAUUCUUUACUGCAUAACCUUCAAACUGAUGGAUCAGAAAUGGCUUGAAAUGCACGCCAGUUACAUGGAUUUCAAUACGGUUAUUAAAUCAACACGGCGCCAGCUCGAGAGGGAGCUGUUGCUAGAAGAUAUCCAGAGAAUCGAGGACAUGCCAUCGUACAGGUUUCUCGCCUGCUAGCAAUUGAACCUCCUGGUCGUACCGAACAUUGCCACAAGAUAGUGCAGCUCCAUACACUCGAAGAAGAAGCUGAGAGGUUGGAACCACGUACACCGAGCGAAGGGUGAAUCUAGGUUCAUGGACUGUGGAUGUGUUGUUGCUUUGAAUUGCGCUGUCGUGUUUACCUACUCCGAGUCCGACAACAGCCUCGACGCCGAGUGCCUUUUCGUUUCAACGAUGUGCUAUAUCUUGGGGCCACGGAACGGCAGAUCCUAGCUUUCUUUGUAAACAAGAGGAUGUGGAAAGUUGGCUGCGUAUGCUUUGUGGCC